AUUUAAGUUUUCCUUUCUUAUAUGGUAAAACAAGGUUUGGUGAUUGUAUCGAUGAUGAAUGGUUCAUCGUUUUUUUGUUGAAACAUAUAUCGAUGAAAUUUCAAGAUGUUGUUGUGAGCGUCUCCGAUAAUGAUGGUGAAUUUUUGUUAAUCGAAGCUGCUAUACAACUACCCUCAUGGUUGAAUCCAAGUAAUAGCGAAAAUAGGGUUUUUAUAUAUCAAGAUCAAUUACAUAUAAUCCCUUUGCCAAAAACAUCUACCGAAAUUGCUCAUAUUCCAACUGGAAAAUUAUCUGUUGAAAAAGCGAUUCAGUUGGUACGCAAUGACGCUGUUGAUACUAAAGCUGAUAAUAAGGUGCAACAAGCCGUAUUUUCAAAGACUUUAGGGUAUCCAGAAAAGAUUAAUCAAAAUUUUCAUUAUGCGCGAUGUAAUAUUCCGAGAGCCAUAGCUCAUGUCUUGUAUCAUGAUCCUCAACUUGUUGCUCCGGCUGUUGAAGCAUUUUAUACACGAGAUCCUAUUGCAUUAAAAUCAUGUCGAAAAAUGCAAAAAUUUCCUCCAUAUACAUCAAUUACUGUCAGCGUAAAAUUUACAAAAACUUUAUAUGCUCAAAUUGUAAGUCAACAAUUUAACGCUCCACAACCCUUUAUAAUGCCAAUAAGUACUUCUAAAAAGUAUCCUGCUGCCGAGCUAGGAAUGAAAUUGGCAUGCGGAUUUGAAAUUCUUUGUAACGAUAAAUAUUACACGAAUUUAUCAUCUAAACCUAAUAAAUUGAAUAUUGAGACCUAUCCAUUUGAUUCUGAUCCUUCAUGGAAAACAUUUCAUUCUAAUUUGGUCGAGCAGAAUUAUUAUCACGAUGAAUUACCAGAUUCUAUUUUAUAUAAACAGCUGGAAAAAAUUGCCAAAGAGCAAUUUUUAAAAUAUCAAAAUGAUUCAGAAAAUUCAUCUCCAUUAGAACAAAUAGAUGAAAUAUUGAACUUGCCUAUUGUUCCUGAUGAAGCGUUGAUGUCAGAUACUAAACAAGAUGAUGAUUCUUGGCUCAAUGUUGAUCCAAAACAAUUGGAUGAGUUGCUUAAUGCAACUAAUAAAGGAUUCGAAGAGAUUCAAAGCGAAUCCGAUGAUGAACUAAAUCCUAUUGAUUUGACCAACAUGAUUGAUACGUUUGAAAAGUUUCUUGAUUUUGAAGGCGCAAGUAUUGAAGAUGUAAAAGUUGAUCCAACUGAAUUUUUAAGAAUAAUGAGACAAACUUUGGGCAUUUCUGAGCAAGAAUAUAGGGAAUUAGCAAAUGAGAAAAUAAGGCAGGAAUCUGAUAAGUUUACAACGGAGUUUGUGGAUCAAUCAGGGUCAACAUCCUCUCAACAAUUCCCUGAAUCAUUACCUGAAAAAAUAAUAGAAUUAAAUAACAAUCUUGAUAUGGUUGCAUACAUGCAGGCAUUAGAUGCUGAACUAUCAUCAUCAAAAAUUUCUGGAUCAUUUAUAAAAACACCUCAAGAGAUCUUGAAUCAAUCAUCAUCAGAAGAUAAAAUAAACAAUUAUGAAUAUGAUGAUGAUGAAUUAAAUGAACCAGUUAAUAUUGAUUUAAAUCUUGCUAAAAACUUUUUGGAAAGCUUUAAAUCACAGGAAGGACUACCUGGACCACUCGACGAAAGUCUAGCUUUGUCGUUAGUGCCCACCCACCCGCCAUCAGGCAAAGGAGGGGGUGUUUGGUGGUUAUGG